AUGGCGGCCGAUACACAAAGUGCUGCUGCACAAUUCAUCUCUGCCGAACCUACUCGCGAUCCCAGCUACAAUAAUUUCACUUUCACACCCUUCCUGCGCAAGAGCUUCGGCUUCGGACUCGCCAGCGAUGUACCCGUCUGCAAAGCCUACAGUGAAGGGCACUGUCCAUUGGGACCUGCCUGUCCAGAUCGCCAUCCCACUCCGUCCCGUGUGACGACCUCGACCACCACGGCAUCCGGAAUGGCACCAUCUACCACACACGGAUCGCUGGUCUGCAAACAUUUCCUCAAGGGCCUAUGCAAGAAAGGACUGAAGUGCGAAUACCUCCACGAAUACAACCUGCGACGAAUGCCCGAAUGCCAGUCUUUCUCACGGUCGGGAUACUGUACCAAUGGCGACGACUGUCUUUACCAACACGUCCGCGAAGAGGCACGCCUGCCACCUUGCGAACACUACGACCGGGGAUACUGUGAACUGGGACCUCUCUGCGCCAAGCGCCAUGUCCGCCGACGCCUAUGUCUCUUCUACCUGGCUGGAUUCUGCCCGGACGGAAAAGGCUGUGCGGAUGCUCAUCCCCGAUGGACGGAAAACCUCCCACGACCAACGAUGCGCACCGAGAAGACAGAGGAAGAGUUGGAACACGAGAAAGCCCUCAUCCGGGAAGAACAAGAACGCGAGAAGGAACGGGAAAGGGAAUGGCGAAGCGAGAGGGGGCGGGGUGGUGGUUUCGGCCGUGGGCGCUUCCGUGGGCGAGGCAGGGGUUAG